UUAAAACCCCAGUGGAGUCUGUUCCUCACUUGCUCACUCACUUCACUCUUCCUCACAAUCUCACUCAGAAGUAUAUUGUGUCAGCAAUGUCGGAUCUCGAGGCUCCCUUGCGCCCAAAGAGGAAGAAGAUUUGGGUUGACUAUUUUGUUAAUUUUCGAUGGAUAAUUGUUAUUUUUGUGGUCCUUCCAAUCUCCUUCACCCUUUAUUUCCUUACUUACCUUGGGGAUGUGAGAUCUGAGUGGAAGUCCUAUAAGACGCGUCAGAAGGAACAUGAUGAGAAUGUCAAGAAGGUUAUCAAACGUCUCAAACAGAGGAAUCCAUCAAAGGAUGGUCUUGUCUGCACAGCUCGUAAGCCAUGGAUUGCAGUUGGGAUGCGAAAUGUUGACUAUAAGAGGGCUCGUCAUUUUGAAGUUGAUUUGUCUGCUUUCAGGAAUGUACUUGACAUCGAUAAAGAAAGAAUGAUUGCAAGAGUGGAGCCCCUAGUCAACAUGGGGCAGAUCUCCAGGGUGACUGUCCCGAUGAAUCUUUCCCUUGCUGUCGUUGCAGAGCUGGAUGAUCUUACUGUCGGUGGCUUGAUUAAUGGCUAUGGGAUUGAAGGAAGCUCCCACAAAUUUGGCCUGUUCUCUGAUACUGUUGUGGCCUAUGAAGUUGUUUUGGCAGAUGGCACUCUUGUUAAAGCCACCAAAGACAAUGAGUACUCUGAUCUAUUUCAUGCUAUUCCAUGGUCUCAGGGAACUCUGGGGCUUCUUGUUGCUGCUGAAAUCAAGCUUAUACCCAUUAAGGAAUACAUGAAGCUAACCUACAAACCCGUUGUUGGUAACCUGAAAGAUAUUGCACAGGCAUAUAUUGAUUCUUUUGCUCCCAGAGAUGGAGACCAGGAUAAUGAUGAGAAGGUUCCAGACUUUGUUGAGACGAUGAUUUAUACACCAACAGAAGCUGUGUGCAUGACGGGGAGAUAUGCUUCAAAAGAAGAGGCCAAGAAGAAGGGGAAUAAGAUCAAUAGUGUAGGAUGGUGGUUUAAACCCUGGUUCUAUCAGCAUGCACAGACGGCACUGAAGAAAGGAUUGUUUGUAGAAUACAUUCCUACCCGAGAAUAUUAUCACAGGCACACAAGAUGUUUGUAUUGGGAGGGAAAGCUUAUCCUCCCAUUUGCCGAUCAAUGUUGGUUUAGGUUUCUGCUUGGCUGGUUGAUGCCACCCAAGGUUUCUCUGCUCAAGGCAACUCAAGGUGAAGCUAUAAGAAACUAUUACCAUGAAAUGCAUGUCAUCCAGGACAUGCUUGUUCCUUUGUACAAGGUGGGAGAUGCAUUAGAAUGGGUUCACCGGGAGAUGGAGGUAUACCCAAUUUGGCUCUGCCCACACAAGAUGUUCAAGCUGCCUGUCAAAACUAUGAUUUACCCAGAACCAGGCUUCGAACUACAUCGCAGGCAGGGAGACACACAAACUGCUCAAAUGUACACAGAUGUUGGAGUUUACUAUGCACCGGGUCCUGUUCUUAGGGGUGAGGUAUUUGAUGGUGCAGAAGCAGUGCGUCAAAUGGAGAACUGGUUGAUUGAAAAUCAUGGUUUUCAGCCUCAGUAUGCUGUGUCUGAGCUGAGUGAGAAAAACUUCUGGAGGAUGUUUGAUGCUGGUCUAUAUGAGCAAUGUAGGAGGAAGUAUGGAGCAGUUAGGACCUUUAUGAGUCUGUACUACAAAUCAAAGAAGGGCAGGAAAACUGAGAAGGAGGUGCAGGAAGCGGAGCAAGCACACCUUGAAACUGCAUAUGCAGAAGUUGAUCAACCAGUAGACUGAUUGCAAAUUUUGGUUCAUCUGAUGGUAGAAUUUUAUUGCAUCUUGUUUCUUAAUUUAUCGUUUUGCCUUUGUAUUUUUGGACCUCUGCUUCAGGUUUGCCUUAGUUUCUGAUACUGUUUUGGAGUUUCCAAUGUGUUUCAUGAAUUAUGUGGACUUAACAUGAUGAUUUAACUAGUUGAGACUGAAAUUGCGAUGCCUACCCGAGAU